AUGGACCAAAUUGCUCCUUGCAUUCAUGAUGAGCUUGCCUUGUUUGUUCAGAAAUAUAGAAGGGUUGUCAAAGGUAAAACCAAAGUCACUAGGAAUUGUCAAAAUCUUCCUAGCUCGUCUACAUGUGUGUCUCAAGACAAUGUUUUUAAGGAGAUGAAUUUUUUGGACUCUUAUGGCUUUAGGGAGGACAAAAGUUUGAAGGGUCUUGUAAAGUGCUAUCUAUGUGGUGGUGUUGGUCACACUGAUGUGGAAUGUGCAAAUAACCACAUGAUAGAGUCUAAUGGGAGAGAAGAGUCAAUUAGUGCACAAUGGAGUGAUAGUGAUAGUGUUGAUUCCAAUAAUUAUAUCACUUCAUCUUUUGAAGAGACAAAUAAUUUUGCCCUUGUUGGUUCUGUUCAUAACUCUAGCAUUGCUAGAGUUCAUGUAGUUAAAGAAGGAAAAUCUGAUUCAAAAAAUGAAUCUGUGUCUGGAGAUGAUAGGCAGGAUGACCAGUCAUACAGGAAACAGGAUGACCAGUCAUACCUGGGUAUGUGUGAAAAGUAUGAUGUCUUUUUUACUGAAACUUCCAAGCUUAAGGAAAGAAAUUUCCUACUUGAAAGGAAGGAAAACAACUUGGUUUUCCAUGCCUCCAACAAGAAUUUGUUGACUCAGAUAAAUGAGGCAAAUGACAUGGUGAUCAAGCUUACCAUAGGGGCUAAAAAGGUGGAUAAAAUGUUAAAUAUGGGUAAGGUUCAUGGAGACAAAAUUGCUUUUGGUUAUGGUUGUUCUAGUUCAUAUGCCCCUCCUCAUUUGACCACAUUUGUCAAGGAGUCAAAUACAAAGUUUGAUGUUUUAGAGCCAACUAGGACUCAAAGAUUCAUUCCUACUUGUUACCAUUGUGGUGUGAAAGGUCAUAUUCGACCUAGGUGUAAUGCUCUAAGGAAUGUGUCUAGAGCAACCGAUGCAAAUGGCUUUAAGAACCAUAUUUCAUCUCUUAAAACAUUAAAUGACGACUCACUUCAAACUCAAGUGAAUGAUCUUCUUUAUAAAGCUGUCAAAAUUCCUAAGGUGAUCUCUAUGCCUCAUAAAGUCUCAAAAGUGAAGCAAGUUUGGAUCAAGAAGGAAGACCAUGUUCUUCCUCAUGUUGGUGACUAG